CUGAAUGCGGCAAGGCUGGCACCAAAAAGAUCGAGAACAGGCUGAUACACCAGGGCCCAACGGAACGCAUAGAGCGAAUAAAGCCAUUCAAAUCCAAGAUGGUCCGGAAAAAGCUCGAUGAAAGAGUGAGGACGCUCCUAGAGCGCAGCGUCGUGAGGAACGAACGCUCGAUCCUUGUGUUGGUCGGUGAUCACGGAAAGGAUCAGGUUCCCAACCUCCAUCAGAUUCUUUCAAAGACAUCUUUGCAGCAGCGCCCUAACGUCUUGUGGUGUUACAAGAAGGAACUUGGCUUUUCCACUCACAGGAAGAAGCGCAUCAAGAAACUGAAGCGAGACAAAGCCAGGGGUUUGUUGAGCAAAGGAGGCAACGACGGAACAGCCGACAACUUCGAGCUAUUUAUCGGCUCGACCGACAUCAAUUGGUGCUAUUAUAGAGAUUCUCAUAGAGUUCUUGGAUCAACUGUUGGGAUGCUUGUCUUACAAGAUUUCGAGGCGCUCACGCCGAAUUUAAUGGCCCGGACGAUCGAAACUGUCAAGGGCGGUGGUCUCGUAGUUUUCUUGAUGAGAACCGUCAAAUCUCUAAAGCAACUCUACACCAUGACCAUGGAUGUUCAUGCACGUUACCGAACGGAAUCAUCCGGCGACCUUGUCCCGAGAUUCAAUGAGCGGUUCAUUUUGUCUCUUGCAAAAUGCUCGAAUUGCUUGGUCUGCGAUGACGAGCUCAAUGUUUUGCCUGUUUCGCGAAGGACCCUAAAGGGAUUGGACCCGAACGCCAUUGGUGGCGGUCGAGUGGAAAAAGGAGACGCAGGAGAAGUCAUUCAACAAGAAACACCAGAGGAGAUAGAGCUGAGAGAACUGAAAGAAUCUUUGUACGACACACCUCACGUUGGCGUGCUGGUUGAUCUUGCCAAGACGGUAGAUCAGGCAAAGGCGCUCUUGGUUUUUUUGGAAGCCUGCUCGGAAAAGACGAAUUCCACGUCCACUGUGGCCAUGACAGCUGCUAGAGGGCGUGGAAAAUCUGCAGCCAUGGGUUUGUGUUUGGCGGGUGCAAUUUCGUUGGGAUAUUCCACCUUGGCCGUGACAGCUCCGGAACCAGAAAAUCUCGUUUCGGUUUUUGACUUUUUGUGCCGUGGUCUCAAGGCACUCAAGUACCAGGAGCAUUUGGAUUACAACAUCACGUACAAUACAUCGUCUGGACGCGAGGCAAUUAAAUGCAUUGUGGCAAUCAACAUUCAUAGAAGCCACCGCCAAAUUAUCCAAUACAUUCCUCCCAACGAAGCGGAUAAAUUUUCUUCGGCGGAGAUUGUCGCGGUGGACGAAGCGGCGGCCAUACCUCUCCCAGUUGUUCGUAAACUCAUGCAGCACAAGGACCGAUUGACCUUUUUGAGCUCCACAAUCAACGGGUACGAAGGUACGGGGAGGGCAUUGAGUUUAAAACUCAUCAAGGAACUUCGAGAAUCAAAGGGCGGAAGACAGGCCGAACUGAAUAUAGCCAAAGCCGCGGCCGGGGAAAUCGUAGGAGCAAGAUCCAAAAAGGGGGAAGCAAAAGUUCACGAGCAACGCUACAAGGCAGCUGCUGAAGCUGCUGCUGGAGGAAGCGGUGGAGAAAUCCUUUCGGGGCCGCUGCGUGAGAUUGAACUAAACAUGCCAAUCCGAUACGCUCGUGGCGACGGGGUCGAAAGCUGGCUGAACAAAUUACUCUGUCUCGACUCGGGAUCGAGUGCUCAAUUGAAAUUGAACGGUGGUGCACCGGCACCUUCGGACUGUGAAUUGUACAGUGUUGACAGGGACGCUCUCUUUUCGUAUCAUAAAUUGUCAGAAGCCUUUCUCCAAAAGCUCAUGGGACUUUACACGUCUGCACAUUACAAGAAUACCCCGAAUGACUUACAAAUGCUCUCUGAUGCUCCGGCCCAUGCCGCAUUCGUGCUGCUAUCCCCUUCUGCCGAAAAAGAUGCCGACUCUCUACCGGAUAUUCUGGCAGUUGUUCAAGUUGCACUAGAGGGUAAAAUCUCGCGAAAGGCUGUAGAAGCACAACUCGCUCGUGGUCACCGAUCGGCAGGUGAUCUGAUUCCCUGGACAAUUGCCCAACAAUUUGGAGAUUCGAAAUUUGCUCAGUUGAGCGGUGCGAGAGUGGUUCGAAUUGCAGUUCAUCCUUCUGUCCAGGGUAUGGGAUAUGGUUCUCGAGCAGUUGAGUUGCUCUACAGGUUCUACAACGGAGAUAUGGUAUCAUUGGACGACGCCGAUGACGACGACGAAGAGGAGAGUGAUGAUGAAGAGAACGUGUCUGAUUCUGAUAGUGACGGCGAAGGUAAUAAACGCGGAAAGGGCAUUCUGGCAGAGAAAUUGGCUCCACGGAAAGAAUUGCCUCCGCUUCUUCUCCCACUCACGGAAAUUGAAGCACCUCGGCUGGACUGGAUUGGAACUUCCUUUGGAUUGACGCUUGGGCUCCACAAGUUUUGGAGCAGGGCAGGCAUGCAAAUGCUGUAUUUGCGGCAGACCAAGAAUGAGUUGACCGGUGAACACUCAUCCAUCAUGGUGCGGGCACUUCCCAAGACAUCCGGAGUGGACGAUGCAUGGCUCCACGCAUUUGUUAGUGAUUCGAAACGGCGGUUCAUCUCCAUGUUGGGAGGUUCGUUUCGAGACAUGGAAAUUCGGACUGCGAUCUCGGUGCUGGACAAAAUGUGUGAGACAAAGAAUAUCUCGGACCGCUCAGGAACUGCCGGCGGAAAAAUAUCGGCCGAGGAACUGGGCUUUUUGAUGACCCCUCACGACAUGAAGCGACUCGAGCUCUAUGGUAGAAACCUUUGCGAUCAUCAUUUGAUCACUGAUUUAUUGCCCACUGUUGCCCGGUUGUACUUUCUUGGACGAUUUGGAAAGGGAUUUAAGCUUUCUAGUGUUCAAUCCGCCAUCCUUUGUGGUAUCGGGGUGCAAACCCAGGUUGUCGAUUCUCUGACAAAAGAAUUAGGCCUUCCAUCAAACCAAGUUUUGGCCAUGUUCAACAAGGCUAUCCGCAAGAUAUCUAUUGCCUUGUACAGCAUUGUGGAAGCCAAGGAGAAGGAGAGCCUUCUCGGCGGAGAAAAGAGAAAGAAAGCCCAAGAAACAGCCGAAAGCAUGCGCGAUGUUGCAGCAAAGACCUUGGAGGAAGAUGCAGCCGAGGCAGCAAAGGAUGCCAUCAAGGAACUGAACAAUUACAACAACAAUAAUCACAUUUCCUCAACAAUCGCCAACGAUAAAUCGUUGAUGCAGUACAGCAUCAAGGGCAGCGACGAGCAAUGGGAAAAAAUACUCGAUGGAAAGGACAUCAGCGGAACCGGCAUGGUAUCCGUAAAAAGUGUCCGCGACAAGCGCAAAGCCGUUGACGACGAGGAUAUGCUGAAAGAAGCCACGAAUGAUAAAGAGAAAAAGAGCAAGAAGAGCAAAAAGAAAUCCAAACGACAGUAGCCGUAAAUGAUGAUGCGCAUAGGCAUGAACGUGCACUGAACUUUGACAC